AUGUCCGCCGUCCCGCCGCCGCCGCCGCCGCCGCCGCCAAACACUCACAGGAGCCCCCGAGUGCUCGCUUGCGUCCUCUGCCAGCACCGCAAGAUCAAGUGCGAUCGCAGCACCCCGUGCUCCAAUUGUCUCAAGGCUGGCGUCACAUGCACACCCAGCACACCCGCCCCGGCGCGCAAGCGUCGCCGCCCGAAUCAAGACCUCCAAGAGCGUCUGGCUCGAUGCGAGGAGCUUCUCAAGCAGUAUGCUACCGCUGGCUCUCCUCCUAGCACCGCCUCCAAUCCUCCUCCCCUUCCCGCGCCUUCUACCACGACUCCAAGCAGCAGCAGGAAAGAGGCGGUAGACACUCCCAGCAGCGCCACCACAGAAUCGCAAGCUCUCCCACAACCUCGGUACAAAAUCAUCCAAGAAGAUGGAGUCUCAAGAUUCAUGGAUAGCCGGAUCUGGGGCACCGUCAUUGAAGAGCUUCAGGCCAUGCGCAGCCUCGUUGAGGCCGAGGAUCCGGAAGAUGCCAGCAUUCUAAGCCCCGAAGAGCUCACCCCCGAUAACAACACCGACUUGAUCCUCUCCGUCGAUUAUACACAAACCAACGCUGAGGACCUACUCCCAGACCCCAUCCACGUCUUCCGGCUCUGGCAGAUAUAUCUCGACAGAGUCAACCCUUUAAAUAAAGUCAUCCACGUGCCCACGGUUCAACCAUACAUUGUGGAAAUUACCACCAAUUUGUGCAAUGUACCCUUGGAUUUCCAGGCUUUGCUCUUCAGCAUCUUGUCAUUGGCUACGCUCUCGCUUGAGGAGAACGAGGUCAUCCAGAUGCUCGGCAUGAGCAGAGAAAAAGCCCUGCACAAUUUCAACGCCGGCGCCAAGGCCGCCCUUAUCCGCUUCAACUAUCUGAAAAAUUAUAACAUGAUAUCCCUGCAGGCCCUCAUAAUCUACCUUUUCUCCCUCGAAAGUCGCAUAGACACCCACUCGGCCUGGGUCAUGAGUGCGACGGCAGUACGUAUCGCUCAAAAGAUGGGCUACCACCACGACGGUGAGAAGCUCGGCAUGACGCCCUACGAAACCGAAAUGCGACGCAGAAUCUGGUGGCAGUUAUACAUGCACGAUUUCAAGCUCGGCAUGUUCUCCGGCCUCAGCCAGCAUACUAGCUUCAAUCAAAAAUGGGACACUAAAAUCCCUAGCAACCUCAACGAUGCCGACUUGUUUCCCGGCUCCGCCGAACCCGUUCGCCCCAGAGAGGGACCUACCGAGAUGAUUUUCGUCAUGAUUAUGUGCCAGGUGUUCGAUUUCAAGCGAAUGAGCGCCACCGCAGACGAAGAGGCAGAGCUUGAGGCUGCCAUUCUUGGCCAGAGCGACGAGAGCGAGUACAAUCACGCUAGACAUCAAGCCAUGUUCAACAAAUAUCGUGCUCAAUCACGUAUCGUCGAGGACAAGCUCAUUGAGACGGAAGAAAAGCACUGCGACCCUUCAGCUGGCAAAAUACACAUUGCCGCCAAAGCGUUUCGGCCUCUCAUGUUCAAAAAUAUGGAAGAGAUGCUGAUUCCCAUGCGCGACCAGCCCGAAUGGGGAACUGAAAUUUUCGGUCCCAAGGACAACUUGUUCAAAAUCAUGGUACUUGGCUCUGAGCAUCGGCUCACCCUGUACGAGGGCAUGAAAGAGGCCGGCUUCAUGUGGUUCAUGAGAAUCACCUUUUCCAUUGACUUCUUCUCUUUUCUGACGUCACAGCUCUGCACGCACACACGUGGCACUUUGGCCGAUCGAGGCUGGGCGACCGUCGAAAGCACCUAUGGGUACCAUGAGGAGCUGUUUGAUUUGUCGCAAAAGACGCGCAUCGCGCAGGCUCAGCUUGCUCUCAAGGCCUGGAAGGCCCGCGAAGCCUCAUUUCUGCAGGCCGGCUGGCCGCUCGAGACGCCGCGCUUCAUCCAGCGUAUUCGAGAGCUGCUCCCCUCCAGCGACUGCCGGUCAACGAGCACGCCGUCGACGAUUGCGACGCCCGCCAUGCCCAUGAUGGGUCUGCAGAUGAGCCAACAGCCCCUACAGCCGCAGCCUGAUCCGUUUUCGGGCAGCUUCCUCGAUAUGCCAGCUAUGAACUGGGACAUGUUUGGCGACAUGAUGCCUGCCACCUCGGAUCAGAUUCCAGCUGCCCUCUACGGCAACUAUGGUCUCGGAAACUUGAAUCUGAAUAACAUUGACAGCAUGCGGCGCAUGUAG